CCAAUUGCAUUUCUCGGCAAUGCCGACUGUACCUGGAAUGUUGCAGUACAGGCUCAGAACAAGCUAGACCAGUAACCGCUCUGAUAUCCCUCAGUUCUCGAAGUCAACCCACAGAAGUGCCUUCACUACGAACCUGUAGACAUGUCUCUAAGUAAACCUGAGGAGCGUCUUGCUUUGGAGUUGAGCUGUCCGAUCUGUUUGCAGCUGUACCGUGAUCCCGUAACCCUUCCUUGUGGACACAAUUACUGCCUGGGUUGUAUACAAAAUGCUGCGCACGCAGAAGAUCCCAAGUCCCCGAAACGUUGUCCGGAGUGCAGGGAAGAGUACGGCAGCCCGGAGACUCUUCCCAAGAACUUCAAGCUCAACGGUAUCGUGGAUGGGUUCCUGGCGGCCACUUCGGGCGGCGGACUGAGAGGAGGCCCGACGGUGCCAUGCGACCAUUGCCUGGACGAGCCAGUGGCUGCCGUGAAAUUCUGCACACGCUGUGAAAUGUCAUUGUGCCCCAGCCACCUCAAGAGACACGAGGAACGACACAGAUCGCUACACGUCUUAGUGGGACUGCCCGCAGAACGGCAUGGGAAGAGGUGCCCGGUGCACUUAAAGGUCACGGAGUACCUGUGCGUGCAGGAGUGCCUGUUCCUCUGCUCCGAGUGCUUGAUGGAGGGCACGCACCAGCACCACGAGGUGCAGACGUUCGAGGUGGCGAAGGGGGAAAUGACGAGAAUUCUUGAGGAACUGGGGAAGUCUGUGUCUGACAAGCUACAGAUGACAGAAGCUCUGGUGAAAAGCGCCAACGGAGGACCUCCAGACAAGGCCGAAGAUAAGCUGGUGGCCAGGGCAAACAUACUGCUGGACAACAUGACUUCACUUAUAACUACAUACAAGAAUCGUAUGAGCACCGAGAUGGAUGACAAGCUUCAUACGCGGGACAAAAGCUGGCAGGCCAAUCUAUGCGAUUUGGAGAGUUGUCUACACCAGCUGCAGGAAGCCCAGCAGUGCACCAGCGAGGUUCUCAAUCAAUCCUCAGAGUUUCUCUUCAUCCAGAACUACCUCACCGUUGAAGCAAGGGUCCGCCAGGCUGCUAACGUCACCAUUCCCGGUCUACCUUCCCAAGAGUCCUCCGAUGCCAAGCACCUGCGCGCUCUCCUACGUACAGACGCCUUCCACGUCGAGAUGAGUCUUCUGUUGGAGUGCCUCCAUGGCAUAAUGAACCCUCUAGAUCUGACCUUCAACUCAACCACGGCCAACCCCAGCCUUCUGCUGUCCACCGAUCUCAAAACAGUCAAGCAGUGUGCAGGAGUUAAGAGCAGUAGUGCUGGAGAUCACAGUGAGCGCUUCUCCUCGGCCAGUCAGGUCUUGUGCUCGCAGGGUUUCUCCACCGGAGUUCACAUGUGGGUGGUGGAGUUCGGCCCCGGGUGUGCGUGGUCUGUGGGACUGUGCUAUAAAAGCAUCCCACGUAAAGGUGACCACAGCAGGCUGGGGCACAACACCAGCUCUUGGAGGUUGCAGUGGAAGAGCAAGAAGCUGACGGCGUGCCAUGACUCGGCUAAUGUGGCCGUGGGUGACGGGCUGAUCAUGCCGCCAAAGAGGGUCGAAGCGACCCUGGAUUACGAAGGAGGAACUAUUGCAUUCCACAGCUCAGGUCAGGGAGGCCGAAAGCAGCAUCUUCAUACAUUCAGUGCCAUGUUCAAGGACGCAGUGUAUCCUGCGUUUGGGCUCCACUCUACCUCCGAAGAUUCAUGGAUAACUCUUUUGAGUGGAGUUUAACUGACACGGACAUGCUUUCAUUGUGUAACAUUCUUGCCUCAUUCUCUUUAUCCCUUUAUCAUUCCUUAUGCAUUAGUAUGCCUAAUCCUGUACCCCUGGAAAGAAUAGCCUUGGAACGUCAUGCACAUUUUAUUUACUAAAGAAAAAAAAACACUUCUCAACAACUUGGUAGUACUUAUGUAGUUAGUGUGAUGUGUGACAUGUUAGUGCGAUAUUAAAGACUUAAAUGACCAAUUGAAAAUGUACAUAUGAUAAUCAAGCAAGAUACACAUUUUCUGGACAUGGCUUGAGAAUCCGAGAGGGCACGUAUCCCUUCAGUUUGAUUGGGCAUGAUGCUUCACGAACAACAGCUAUAAGCAAAGCAGACAUUAUUGCAAAUUGACCCUUUACUGACUGACUUAUUUUAAAGUUUGAAUACAAUGUUUGUACAACAGCUAUACAACCCCUGAAAAAAGAAGAAACUGAAUGGGUUUUGUUUGAAUAAUACCCAGAAGUCUAGUGUAUUUGGCCUGAAAUAGGAGUCUUUGAAGAAACGAGAUUGUAAAUAAAGUAACACCAGCAUAUAGACAGUGUGUUUUAUCCAGAGCUCAACUCUUUCCAUGUCUGAGGAAAGAAAGAAAAAAUCAAAUUCAGAUGCUCUUAAAGAAACAGAGCAUGGAUAUUAUAUUACCAGUGAGUUAGAUAACAUCUCUGCUGUAUUUUUGCUUGUAGUUUCACUUAUGGGACUAUAGUGACAGGAAUGGCACCCAGAAUGCAGGCUAUGAAUGUACUGUACACAAGGAACAUUAACACACAUGCUACAGAACAGCAUUCUGCAGGGCCAUAUUAGACGAUUUCCAGAUUAGAUCAAGUUUUAUUAAAUUUGCCUACAAAUUUAUUUUAUUUAUUAAAAUGCCUAGAGCAAAGCUCUUUAUGUACUUUAUGUAUGCUUUCACUUAAAAAGAAAUGUACAUCCUUGUCCUGUAAAACAAGAAAUACUUGUUCACACCUUCCCCGUCACACUAGAUGAAAUAGUUUUGACUCAUGUGAGUCUGUACUGACACAAUUUCCCAUAAAAAAUAUCUCUGCAUUUUUUUCUAUAUAAUUUGACAAUACAUCUCAAUAUAUGUAGAGGGUCACCUCUAGACAUUUAUAUUUAUUCAUCAUAUAUUUACAUGCACCAAUGCUCAUUUGUGAACUAACAAGUAUUCAUUACUUUAAUAAGCUCAUUGUUUCUGCCUUAAAUUAUUACAUUGUUUAAAUUAAUACAUUUUUAGCCAACUGUGAUUUGUAUGUACAUUUCUGAAAUACAGUACAUAACAGUUACCUCUGAUAACAGAUCACUCUAA